AUGACAACCUUUUCAACUGAAUUCUUAUCACACACUCUCAAUUUCAGAAACCACCCAAACCGCACUUCUCGCCAUUCAAAUCCCAACACUAUCGUCACUUCCUCAACCCCGCGCAACACCAACAACCGAAGAACAAGAAUCAACCAAGAACAAAUCAGGGUCAAUGAAACAAUACCAAAACUUGAUAGGAGUUAUAAACCUGAUGUCAUAAGAGCUUUCAUUAGGUCAUUCGAAUCAGCUAAGUACGAUGAAGCUCUCUACUUUCUUCAGCUCAUGGUUGAUAGGGGUUAUAAACCUGAUGUCGUUCUCUGCACUAAAUUGAUUAAGGGUUUUUUCAAUUCUAAGAAAACCCAGAACGCUAUUCGGGUCAUGCAGAUUUUGGAAAAGCACGGCCAGCCUAAUGUUUUCGCGUAUAAUGCACUUUUAAAUGGGUACUGUAAAGCUGAUAGAGUUGAUGCUGCCAAUAAGGUGCUUGAUAGAAUGAAAAAGAGAGGUGUUUUACCUGAUGUUGUUACUUAUACUAUUCUCAUUGGGGGUCUUUGUGGGAGGGGUAAACUUGAUUCGGCUUUAAGGGUUAUGGAUCAGUUGUUGAAAGAUAAUUGUAGGCCAAAUGUUAUAACUUAUACUAUUUUGAUUAAAGCAACUAUUAUUGAAGGUGGUAUUGAUAAGGCUAUGAAGCUUUUUGAUGAGAUGUUGUCGAGAGGGCUUCAACCUGAUGUGUUUACUUAUAGUAUUUUGUUGAAGAAUCUUUUGAAUGAAGGGAAAUGGGAAGCUGGAGAGAGUUUGAUGUCUGAUAUGUUGGAUAAAGGUUGUGAGCCGAAUUGUGUGACAUACAGCAUAUUGAUUAGUUCGCUUUGUCGUGAUGGCAAAAUCGUCGAGGCUGAGAAUGUGUUGAAGGGUAUGAAGAAGAGAGGGUUGGCUCCUGAUGGUUAUUGUUACAAUCCACUGAUUUCUGCUUUUUGUAAAGAAGGAAAAGUAAUUUUGGCCAUAGAGUAUUUGGAUAACAUGAUAUCAGAUGGUGGUUUGCCUAGUAUUUUUACCUAUAUCUCGAUCUUGGUUUCUCUGUGUAAGAAUGGACAUGCUGAUGAGGCUUUGAACAUCUUUGAGAAACUCGGUGAAGUGGGCUGUCCUCCAGAUGCAACUUCUUAUAAUGUAUUGUUUGGUGCAUUGUGGAGCAGCGGCGAUGAAAUUAGAGCGUUGGGGAUGAUUUUGGAUAUGUUAAGCAAAGGCAUUGAUCCUAACGAUGUUACCUAUAAUUCACUUAUUUCUUACUUGUGCAGAGGUGGAUUCAUGGAUCAGGCAAUUGAGUUGUUGGUUGACAUGAUGGAGAGUCACAAGUAUCAGCCUGCUGUUAUUAAUUACAAUGCUGUUAUUUCUGGAUUGUGCAAGGUACAAAGAAUCAUAGAUGCUAUUGAGGUGCUUGCUGCUAUGAAUCAGAGAGGAUGCUUGCCAAAUGAAAAAACCUACAUAUUGUUGAUUGAAGGGAUUGGUUGUGGAGGAUGGCAAAAUGACGCGAUUGAGUUGGCUAGCUUGCUUGUUAAUAUGGAUGCUUUAUCGGAAGAUUCAUUCAAACGUUUGAAUCUAACAGUUCCUGUGUUUGAUGCGCAAAAGAGCCUGCAGUAUUAG